CGGUCGGGGCGGUCAUAAACUAGCACGAUUCCCUUGCUUCGCCGUGGCCGCUUAUUUCUUCCCCGCACGAGCAGCACCAGCCGGUAGCAGGAGGAGAACAAACCAGCAACCUACUCCACCAGCAACCAGCAAACCGAGCAGAGCAGGCAAGGGAGAUGGGUUCCUUCCUCUCGUCCUUGGUCACGCCGCCCCCGGCGGCCGACGACCCCAACUGCGCCGUGGUCGCCGCGCACUCCAAGGCCACCUACGACGAGCAGUGGGCGGCCGCCAAGAGCAGCGGCAAGCUGGUCAGCUGGCCCCUCCCCCCCGCUCCUCUUCCCUUCCCCUUCCUUUGGUUCUCCCCCGUCUUGGGUGCUCUGGAUCUGAGUUGUCUUGGUUGCUCGGCGCUGCAGAUGGUGAUCGACUUCUCGGCGUCUUGGUGCGGGCCCUGCCGCUUCAUCGAGCCGGCCUUCAAGGAGAUGGCCUCCAAGUACACCGACGUCGCCUUCGUCAAGAUCGACGUCGACGAGCUCGCGGACGUCGCAAGGACAUGGAAGGUAGAGGCGAUGCCGACAUUUGUCCUAGCCAAGGGUGGGAAGGAGGUGAGCCGUGUGGUUGGGGCGAAGAAGGAUGAGCUUGAGAGGAAGAUCGGCAUGUUCAGAUCGUCUUCCUCAUACUAACUUAACAGUGCAUGCAAUCCCAUCAUAGUACAGGUUUCUGGUUUCACUAAGAAUUCUAGGGGCUCCUGUGGUUCGCCCAGGUUGAAAUGCCAUGUCAUUCUCCUCUAUGAAUGCUGCAAAAUUUGUGUGAAGUGCUGAUGAACGUGCCUGGGUUAAUAAAGUUUCUGAAACUUGGAUGUGAAUGUGUCAGUCUGGCUGUUCGGUUUA